GAUCGUCUUGGAUCCCUCCGACUCUCUCAUCCGCCAGCCGUUCAUGCCACAAGGUGUCCUGUUCGCGCAGCCCGGUCUGCCGCUGCUGGGGCUCCAGGAGGUGUUGUUGUGGUGGUGGUCGCGAGCUGCCGUGCUAGUCUCGAGACAGCACCGGAGAAGCAGCGGGGUUUGCGGAGAGAAGAGAGGAGAGGAGGAGGAGGAGGAAGAGGAGAGCAAAACAGGCGACAAAACGAGCGGAUUCGUUAUUUAAUUGUCUGUUAUUAUUAUUGAUUAUCCAUUGAACGUGCUCGAGGACUAAUCUAUGAUGCGGUGUUGCUGGGUCCGUGCCGGACUGGACUGGGAUCACCGGUGCUAAGCCAGGUCAGGUUGCAGGGGACCAUUGGAGAGACACCGUCACGUGACCCCCGGUACCAAAUGGUCUUCCGGCAGUGGCUCUCAAUAAGGACCGGAGCACAAGAAGACGCCGCCCCUUCUCACAGAAAUGCAGAAGACAACAUACUACGACAACUCCUCAACACUUUUUGGUGGCUACUCAUCCUACCCAGUGCAGGGGUCGGCAGUGGCAGCAGGAGCAGCCGCCAACGGCUUUGGGGGCUAUGAUGCCCCGGUCCCGGUGUCCCACCACCAGCCGGCCUUCCAGUCAGCUACCCAUCUGGAUGUGGAUUCAUACCAGCGCUCUGCCUGCUCUUUACAGUCACUGGGCAGUAAUGGCGGCCACCAGCAGCAGCAGCUAGCCAAGACCAAGGAGCUGAAUGGCAGCUGCAUGCGGCCAAGCCUGCCACCUGAGCACCACCCUGGCUCCCAGGUGUCCCCUCCACUGCCCCCCAACCCCAGUAACGGUAAUACUGGGGCUCAGCAGCCGGGUGGCAGUGCUGGAGCCUCCUCACUCUCUAAAUCAGGCCCCAAUAAGUCAUCUACUUCUUCCUCCUCCACAUCAUCCUCCACAUCGUCCUCCUCCUCAUCACUGCCGCCCAACCCAACCCUGGCCAAGCAGAUCUUUCCCUGGAUGAAAGAGUGUCGUCAGACAACCAAGCAGAAAAACUGUUCACCCAGCAACAACUCUGGCAAUGCAUCUGGAGGAGCUGAGAGCGGUAGCAGCGGGGAGAAGAGCCCUACCGGUGGGUCGUCGGCAUCAUCUAAGAGGGCUCGUACGGCGUACACCAGUGCCCAACUCGUUGAGCUGGAAAAGGAGUUCCACUUCAACCGGUACCUGUGCCGGCCACGACGUGUGGAAAUGGCCAACCUGCUAAACCUGUCAGAACGUCAGAUCAAGAUCUGGUUCCAGAACCGACGGAUGAAGUACAAGAAGGACCAGAAGAACAAGGGCCUGAGCUCCAGCUCUGGAGGGCCGUCACCGACGGGCUCUCCUCCUCUGCCCUUGCAGUCUUCUGCCAGCUUUCUCAAUUCGAUGCACCCAAUGGGAGGUGGAGGAGGCAGCACAGGCUAUGACGCCCCAUCCCCACCAUCCUUUGGAAAGCCCCACCAGGGAGUGUCUUACUCCAUGUCCACUGCCUAUUCGAAUGUCCCUAUGAAGGGCUGCCCCCCACAGCAGAAGUACGGCACCCCAGACCAAGACUAUGGUGAUCCCCAUCCCCACCACAGCUUAGUGCAAGCCAAUAGUGCUGGCUAUGGGACACCCACCAACAUGCAGGCCAGUCCAGUCUAUGUGGGGGGUGCCAACUAUGUGGAACCCAUGCCUGGCUCGGGGCCCUCCAUGUAUGGGCUUAACCACCUUGGCCCCACGCCACCCCACCACCAAACCAUGGACUACAAUGGCGCAGGGCCCAUGUCGGCCACCAACCAGCACCACGUGGGUGGAGGGGGCCCCUCGGGUCCCUGUGACCCACCUACACACCCGACAUACACCGAACUGUCGGCGCACCACACCUCGACUCAGGGCAGAAUCCAGGAAGCACCCAAGCUCACUCACCUGUAGCAGGUUUGGAACAAAAUGACAACGUCGGAAAUAGUGAAGACCACAUAGAACGAGUCACAACUCACUAACAGACUUACACAUAGGGCACUACUGCUACAACAGGAUAGCAUGAGAUAGCACGAGAGGCAAAACAAGACAGACAGGGACCGUCCAGUGGUUCAUCCUGUGCUCCGCAGUCACAAAGGGGAACAGCCGGUGAUGGGUAAUAUUCUGCCUCUGCCCUGUUCUCACUGCCUUCAUAAAGAGCUCCACUAAAUCUGAUUAGGACUAGACCUUUCAGUGCUACCUUGAAAGAGCAGGUAAUUUAAUUUUAAAAAGGCAGCAGUAUCAAGUAACAGAAAUGGACCCAAACCUUUCAUGUUGUCAAAUAACUUGAUAAAAGGCAUAGCUGCAGUUUAAAAGUGUUGGAAACAACAGUGGUCUCUUAUAAAUGUUCAUUUUCUGGGGAUUUUUGAGACUUACUAAACUCUAACUUAGUCUCUACUGCUCUAACUUUACAUGCACAUACAAGAAAUUGCACAACACAAAGUUUAAACCAUUUGCCAACUGAAAUCUGACUUCAGCUUACAUUACAUAUCUUAUCAAACAUUGAUCUUUCAUUUUAGAGCUCUAGUCAUUUUCAAAAUGUUUACAAUUUGGACAUGAACCCUCAAAUAGUGAGUUGCACUGUAUGCAUGUAGGCAUCGGAGAGGUCAGGUGUGCAGUCAGUCUCCACCCCUUGUUGCUACAGACAAUGCAUAUCAGGAAACUUGUCUUGUGGCACUGGUGCAGAGACACAUUGGCAGCUGCAUGAUACGACAGGAUCAACUGUAAGCACCCUUGUAUAGCCACUACUUGUUAGACUGAAAACUCAAGUGCAAACCAACAUGUUCACACAGAGAAGAUUAAGAAUAUUUGUCCAAAACAGCAUAAAGAAACCUAAACAAAUUGUUGCCUUUAAGGCACUUAGCAAACAACUACAGCAUUAUGAAAAUAAAUAUACUGAGAAAGCUGUGCCCUAUUUCUAAUGCUGGACUUUCCCAUACAGUUCCUACUCUGUAAGACAUGGAGCGCUAUAGUAGGGGUUCCAAUUUUAGUUUUGUCCAGUAGAAAGUGGGGUAGUGUGCGUGUGUGUGUGUGUGUGUGUGUGUGUGUGUGUGUGUGUGUGUGUGUGUGUGUGUGUGUGUGUGUGUGUGUGUGUGUGCGUGUGUGGGCAGGCGAAUUGCAGUAGUAGUUUAGCUAGCACAUAGUAAAACACCUGUAAUGACUCUUUUAGAGCUAGUAUUUAGUCUAAAAUUAUACUUUGAUACUUGCUAAAGCACACAUAUACACACAGCUCUUCCCCUUGUAUAUGAAAUAGUUGAGAUUUUAAUGUCCAGUUAACAAGGUGGCUAGAUUUAUGGUGCUGAGUUCUCUCCCCCUCCAGACAACACAUGUUAUUGUCAGCUAUGCUGAGCUAUGUGGGGGCUCUGUCUCUCUAUCAGGCUGGGAGAGAGAAAGACAGAGACAGAGAGGAGCAGAGAGCAGAAAUAUAUAGCUGGAGCUGGCAGCACUCAUCUUCCUCUGCAAAAACCACUUGACGGUCGUCCCUUUGCUGUCUCUUUCUGCCUCCUGCUGUACACCCAUCUCAGACCCGGUCUUUACUAGCCCACUGUCUCCUGUCAGUGGCAGUAGCACAUGGCUUCUCAAGAAGGAGGCAAACUUUCCCACAAUUCCCCACAGACUAACCCCCCCGCCCCUUCCCAACUACAUACACACACACACAUCUAUCACUACACAGACAGCCCACCCAUCACUCAAACAGGGUUUAAGAAGCUACGCGCUCAAAAGCUAAAGUAGCUCCCAUAGACACACAUCUGUGCUAAGCUACUUUAUCUAAUCAUACCUUCAUGCACACACAGCAAUGCUAAGCUAGCAAUGUUUCAUUAACACACCUCCAUAGCCAGGGUACGCCAGCUGUUGACACCUUCAAACAAACACAUGAGAGGACAUGGAAGAGACAUUUUAAACUCCUUAUUUUAGCACAUUAUUGACACAGGGUAAAUGCGAAAGAGCAGAGAAUAUUAUUUAUUUAUGUUGAGGUAUAUCAUUGCUCUCUCUCUCUCUCUUUCUCUCUCUCUCUUUAUCACUUUGGAGUGGUUCACUUACAAUAGCGGACACCAAUGCGUAAAAAUCCACAUUUUCUCCUGUGUUGUUUUGUUAUCACAUAUCUUGACUUUUAACAUGGAUACAGGGUAUAUAUUUGAACAAGAAAUGCAUGUCCCAGGAAUUAGAGCUGCUGUGUAAAACACAUUUUUAAAACCACUGGGUUUAUUUGCUCGAACCAUCAGUGAGUUCAUUUUGGGGCAGCACACGCUGAGCCUUUACAGUGUGGAACCCACACAAGCAGCGCGCUCGAUCCUCUCUAAACUCGCUGAUGUUCAGGAAGUAAAGCCCUCAUUUUGUCUUUAAAAGUUUUUUUACACAAAAGCUCGUCACAUCUGGGCAUCAUUGUUGCACUUAGAGUUUACAUUUUGAUGGUUAAAGGUAAAUAAUAAUAAUAAUAAUAAAAAAUCUUAUUUUGAAGACAAAAGGCCUCCAAUCAAAGCGUCUUUUGCCAAUGUGUGUUCAAGUGAACAUUCAUAUAUAAAUAUUUAUUUGUUAUAGCCAGUUUUAAAAAAAGACUUUCUGUUUUGUAUUACUAUUAUUUAUCCUUCAUGUAUUUAUAUCGAGAAAAAAUACUGUACUUUUUUAGUAUUUACCUGUUAUGAAAGGAAAAAAAAACAUUGUUUCUUCUUGUCCAUUGUACUGAAGUUACAUUUUUUUAGUUCUUGUAUUUUAGAAAAAAAUGAGUAGUUUUUAUGUUCCUAUAUUGACCCUUGUACAUAAAUGUCUUGGCUUGUACAGGGGAAAAAGGCAAGUGUGGGGACUGGUGAACCACCCAUGCAUAGUGGGAAAAUAUAGACUAACUAUUAGCUGGAAAAAAGAACAAGUCUUUUUGGAGAUAAAACAAGUUCUUCUUUUGUCCUUUGUAGCUCCUUUUUCUUUCACUGUUGGGAGAGUUGUCUGUCGAACAAUUCUUUAAUAAAAUGUUAUG